CUUUCUUAUUUUAAGUUAAAAAAUGUGGUUCUGAAAUAGUGCAUUUAAGGUGUUUUUUUUUUUUUUUAUAAAUAUUUUUUUAACAAGCAUUUAAGGUGUUUGUGAAAAGCCCUGAGUGAAGAUUUGGAGGUAGAAAAUGGGAUCAGAAAAUGGGUUUUACUCAGAAGGAGAUUUUAGUUUGGAAGCAAGAUGGCUGAUUGAUCCAAAACAACUUUUUGUUGGUCCAAAGAUUGGUGAAGGUGGACAUGCAAAAGUUUAUGAGGGAAAGUAUAAAAAUCAGCAUGUUGCUAUUAAGAUCAUAAACAGAGGUGACACACCAGAAGAAAUUGAAAAAAUUGAAGGUCGUUUUGGGCGAGAAAUUGCAAUGUUGUCUAAAGUUCAACACAAGAAUUUAGUAAAGUUUAUUGGAGCUUGCAAGGCACCAAUCAUGGUUAUUGUAACCGAACUACUUACUGGUGGGACAUUACGGAAGUACUUGGUGAAUAUGCGGCCAAGGGGGUUGGAUACCCGUGUAGCUUUGGGAUUUGCACUUGAUAUAGCUCGUGCAAUAGAAUGCUUACAUGCACAUGGGAUCAUUCAUCGUGAUUUAAAGCCUGAAAACUUGCUGCUGACAGCAGAUCACAAAUGUGUGAAACUUGCUGAUUUUGGCUUGGCAAGAGAAGAAUCAUUAACAGAGAUGAUGACUGCAGAAACUGGAACUUAUCGUUGGAUGGCUCCAGAGCUCUACAGUACGGUAACACUGAGGCAGGGAGAGAAGAAACAUUAUAACCACAAGGUAGAUGCCUAUAGCUUUGCAAUCGUCUUGUGGGAGCUCAUACACAAUAAGAUGCCGUUUGAGGGCAUGUCGAAUCUCCAGGCUGCCUACGCAGCGGCUUUUAAGAAUGUGAGGCCGAGUGCUGACGACCUCCCUGAGGAUUUGGCCUUAAUUGUGACAUCUUGUUGGAAAGAAGAUCCGAAUGCACGCCCAAAUUUUAGUCAGAUAAUACAAAUGCUUCUCCAUUAUCUAUCAAACACCAACUCACCACCAUCUGAAACCGCAACCAUCCCGCCUCGGAUGUUCAAUGUCUUCAUACCCGAUUCUCCUGGUACAAGCACGUUAAUCUCAAAAGAGGAGACGCCAAAAACACCCAUGCAAAAUAGCUCCGGAGGUCCAUUCUCGUGUUUCUAUCAGUGUUGCUGGUGACAACAUAGAAUAUAACAGUAAAUUAGGAAUGCUGGCAUUGCGAGUUAUGGGUUUAAUAGUUCUGAUGUAUUAGAUAUAUAAUGUAAAUUAUUAUAAGGUGGCUUAGAGGAAAAAGGGUUGGUUUUGGUUGUAAAGUAUAAGAACCAUUGCAAAGUCCUUUUAGCAGUUUAGCCCACAUAACCCAAUAAAAUUCCCAUUUGUUGACA